AUGUUUGGGGUGUACAUUGGCCUGGAGCGCAUACGGGCAGUGUUGCGAAUUGCCCUCCCAGUUGCAGUCGCCCUGGACUUGGUGCACAGCUUCUACUAUGUGGCCUUGCUGGUGAGGGACAGGAUGAUCGAAAUGGAGGAGGAGCACAAUCAGGCUGUGAUGCAGUGUGUGGAGGGGUUUAUGUUAAAGGUGGGCGCCAAGUGCCAGCUCCGCGACAGCAGCUUCUGGCCGCAGGAGCUGACCGGCGCCAUGGCUGCCUUCGGCCACUGCCCCGUGCCCCAGGAUCCACAACAUCACAGCCAUGGGCGCAGCCACGGCGACAUCCGCUUCAUGCUGUCGCCCGACCCCCUGGCCCUGUUGCUGGAGGCGGCGUCAGCCGUACCAGGCAGCUGCAAACGGGUUCCAGAACCUGGCCCGGACGACGCCUUUGAGCAGACUCGCAGCAUUUGUGAAAAUGCCAUUCGCUGUCACCCCAAAAGGCACGAGGAUCAGUUGGAUUCGUCAGGAUUCUGUUUGAACCACACGGAAAAGCAAGGCGACGAUUGGAUGGGUGCGUUUGGAAGUCUAGACAAGGGGGGCCACACUGGAGAUUGUGGGGAUGGCAUUCGUGCAGGUGGUGCGGGGAGUUGUCGACCAGAGGGCUGUGUGCCCAUCCUGGGGACAGGGGGAUUGGCUGCUGUGCGGUAUGUGGCCGAGGCAGCAGCGGCGAUGGGCAUGAGAGCAAAGGCGGCAGCAUCUGCAGCCUCAGAGCGUGUGUGUCAUAAGUUUGACAACGGCCUGUCAGAACUGUCUGUGGCACUGGGGCCAUGGCUGCCAUUCCCCAAUCUCAUCAUCUGCAGGAGAUCUGCCCUCAGAUUCAGCGUUGCAUGCAAGGGGCCACCUGCCAGCUGA